AUGAAGACUCUCAACAUGGAAUUGAAGGCUGCAGGAAAGAAAAGACUACUGCAAUUAAAUGAAAUGGAGGAGUUUCGUAAUGAGGCUUAUGAGAAUGCUAAGAUCUACAAGGAGAGAACCAAGAAGUGGCAUGACCAAGGCUUAGUUAGGAAGGAGUUUCAACCUGGGCAGCAAGUGUUACUUUUCAAUUCAAGGUUGAAAUUGUUUCCUGGUAAGCUAAAGUCAAGGUGGUCAGGACCAUUUACUGUGGUCAAGGUGUUUCCCUAUGGAGCUGUGGAGUUGAAAGGUGAAGGUCCAGCAACUUUCAAAGAAUUAAGGAAGGGAGAAGAUGAGCUAACCAAGCUUGCAAAGGAUCUUAAGAGAAGAUGA